UACUACAACGACCUGUUGACCGUGGAGGAGUUGGACGUCAUCUGUGGCAUUCACAAGAUUUUUACCAAUGUGUUGUUCCAUCAGACGGAAGACCUUUCGUGGUGGCCGAAGCCGAAUAUCUGGGCCAAGUCGGAUUUCAAUGUCGGUUCCUGGAACCUGUGGUGCGAGGCCUGGUUCCAGGUCAUGCUCUCGAGGUAUCGAUGUGGUGAAGGACGACCGAAGAACUCGAACCAAUGGAAAUCC